UUCCUUCCUCCGCCCGCCUCUCUAAUGACCCCGAUCUAAUCGUCAUCUGGUUCCUGGUAUCGCGGCCGACUUUAUCGCCACGGGGAAACCAAUAGCGUUCUACGCGUCCGACGCGGCGAUCGUUCCGAUCUCGAUUCCCGAUUCCUGUCAUCAAUCACGGCAUAUGGCAGUGCAUAGGAAGCGUGGAAACAUUUCUCCUACGAGGUCGUGUUUGUUUACCCGUCGGCUCGUUCCCUCGACGAUCUCCUGGAUUUUCAUUUAACCGACAACUUUACAUUGUCUCUCUCUCUCUCUCUCUCUCUCUCUCUCACAGAGUGCACAGAGAGGAAUAUUCCGCUGGGAUAUACGAGUCCCCGUUUCUUUAUACUUGCACGCUCGUAUCGUUCCGCUCUUUCAGGCAUUGAGACGAAAGUAGGUGAAGGUAUUGUCAUUUAAUUUAGAUGUUUCACGUCCAGUGUAUUCUUGCGCAUUGAAAACGAAGCACAGCAUCGGAGGGGGACACAUUUAAUAGUAUCAAAACAUGGAUAUAGACGAAGUUAUUAAAAAUUUGCGGUCUUGCUUGAUAUCAUGCAAGGGUGGUAUUAAAUUAGAUGAUUUAAAAAAGGAUUAUCAUAUGGUAGCAGGAGAAAUAUUACCCUUUAAAAAAUUCGGAUAUUCCUCUGUCGACGCUUUUGUUCGCGACAUACCAGAUGUUUCAGUGAUUAAGAAAAAUGGAGAACUGUAUGUGGAAGCUGUACCUUCCAAAACAUCAGCACAUCUUACAAAAUUAGUUUCACGACAAAAAGCACGACGAAAAAUUCGACCGCAAAAGAAAUGGACACCAUCUCGGCAUAACAGAGGUGGUAGUUUUCCAUCUAAUGGUUUUCAGUCUGCCAGAAGCAAUCAUGUAAAUUCUUCUAGUUUCACUAAAUCGACACCUGGCAAGAGUAACUUGUAUACAGAUUUUAGCAGACCUAUUCCUCUCAUGGAAACUACAGUACAGUGCCCAUUACCGAUUAACGACAAAGCAAGUUUUACUCCGACUACACCACCAAGUACUCCUAUUAAAAGACUGAAAGACAAAGGGAUGAAUCCUAAUACAGCGACUGUGAACCAAAGUGUUAAUAAUUAUAAGACUAUCGAAGAUUUAAGACGCAAAGUAUUAAAUGACAAUACAGCUUUGCCUGUGAUAAAUCAAAAACCAAAGAUUGUGGAACUGAGACCCCCAAAACCAAGCGAAAGACUCAAAAUUAUUUCUUCUACGACGCCUUCACCACCGAUUGAUAACAAUGGUUGUACAUCUACACCUAUCUCAUCUAAUUUUAAUAUUCCGAAGAUGACACCGCCAUUCAAGAUUCCCGAUGCUCGAAAAGAACUGGAGAUUCAUACCAAUAUGUUAAACUUACCACCACCAAUUUAUAAAAUGUAUUCGAAGAAAGAGAAAAAUUCUACUAAAACUACCAUCUAUGCCAGUGUGAAAGUUGGUAUGCAUACGUUAUAUACAUUUCCGGAAGACGCGACAUCCGAGGAGGAAGCUGAGAAAAUUGCAGCGCGUUUGGCUCUAGUAACUCUCGCUAAGGAAUCAUCGAGCCCCGAAGUGACGACAGCUGAUGAGAAAUUGAUAAAAGAACGCAUUUUGGAUAUCAUAACUCAGCAUCACAGCGGGGUUUUUAUGCAUUUGCUACCCGAAUGUUACAACGAGCAAUAUGGCGAGGCCUUGCCCCAUAAUUGGCAAACAAUUAUUGAGGAAUGCGGCGACAUUAAUCAAGAGAAGGGCGUCGGAGAUUCCACGAUACUUUGCCGAUCUUCCUUGACUCUAAAACGAUCGGAAAGCUCUCCAUCGUCCAAAAAUGUUUCCGAAAAUAUCUUCCUGUUUAACGAGAAGUCCUGUCUACAAUUGAAUCCUAUUGGACCCGCCGUGCCUGAUGUACAACCAGUACCUGAGGCAAAUAUUUGGCAAGUAAUUACCACUUAUGUUGAAAGCACUGUUGAAAUAUGGAUUCGGCUCAGCGAUCAAAAUAACGAAUAUGUGGAUAUGACAAACGAGAUGACGAGGCAUUACAACCAGAUAAAUAAAUCGACAUCAGUGACAUGUGUGAUUGGUGAUUUCUACGCUGUUCUCGAUGAAUAUCAUUGGCGCAGGGUGAAAUGCAUAGAUUUUGAUACUGAAACCGGAAUCGCCACGGUUUUCUUUAUCGACGAGGGAUACGAUGGAGAAUAUAAAUCCGACGUUUUGCAUCCCUUGGAUAAGAAAUUCUGCAAUUUGAAAUCUCAAGCUCUUAGAGUAGGUCUUCAAGGAUUAAAAGAUUUUCGCGACUGCAGCCAGAUAGUGACGGAGAUUGAGAAUUAUCUUUUACCUGACCAAUUGUUUAACGUGAAAGUACAUGGUGUAGAAACCGAUGAAUAUGGCGAAUAUUCAAUAGUAACUUUUUACGAUACUAGUCAUGAUGACAAAGAUAUAGACGUAAAUCAAGUCAUAUUCAACAAAAUUUUGGACGACAUGGCUGUUGCGUUCAAGUUACAUGCAGGGAAAUUAAUUGAAUUAUAUGUUACACACAUAGACAAACAUGGUAAAAUUUAUGCCCAAUUAAACUCAUUUAUCAGAACUGUAUUGAACAGUGAAAAUAUAUCGCCACUAUCUACAAACGAUACAGUAAAAGCGAUUAAUUUUACAAAGACGUAUCUUGUAAAGUAUGGUUCGCAAUGGUAUAGAGCAAAAGUAAUCGAUAUUCCUGAUGAUCGAAAAGUACUAGUAUUUCUGAUUGAUAUCGGUCAGAUCAUCUUAAUACCGAGAGAAUAUCUCUUUCACAUGGACAGUGUCUCGAAGGCCCUACAGUAUAUUCCUCCACAGGCAAUAAACAUUUUUCUCCAUAACAUCGAUCAGUCGAUGUAUAAUGAGAGGCUCGUAACAAGAUUCCGCGAAUUAGUCUCGGACACGGACUUGCUUUUAGCAAAAGUUAUCAGGAUCACCUCAUCCGGAAUUCCAGUGAUGGAAAUUUUCAAGAGAGUCGGUCCAAAUAAUAUGUUGGCUUCGAUAAAUACAUCAUUGAUUUAUGAUGGCGAAUUAUCAAAAAUCGACGAAGAUAAUAAUAACAAUAACAAGUUUAAGAAACGUUUGGAGCGCAAAAAUUCCCGUGCUCCUGAGUCUGUCGGUAAAUUGAAUCCGCCCAUCAUUCCGCCCAUUGGCAGUUAUUUUGACGUUCACGUGACCUUGGUUGCGCAUCCAGGACAUUUCAUCGUGCAACCAUUGGAAAACGUGAACAAAUUAAGAGCAAUGAUGAUUGAAUUACAAAAAUACUGCGAGGCAUACGAUGGUCCAUCAUUGGAAUCUGUCAGCGAAGGCAAGCUGUAUGCAGGAAACUUACGAGGCGAUUGGUAUAGAGUAUACGUUACUAAUAUUAUUAGUGAAAAUGAAAUAUCCGUAUAUUUUUGCGACUAUGGAGAUGUUACAAUAAUAAAGCGUAGUAGUAUGCAACCGUUGCAGAGUAAAUUCUUGGAAUUGGCGUAUCAAGCUGUGAAGGCUAAACUUGUCGGAAUCGAACCGAUAAAUGUUGACUGGUCCGUGACCGAUUGCGUCAAAUUUAAAGAGUUGGUGUUGGACAAGAAUUUUGUCUCGGUAGUCGUCGAGACGAUGUUCGAUGAUCUUUCGCCAGUCAACGGUACCAUGCUGGGUUUACAAUUGAUUGAUGUCAGUCAGGCCGAUAUAGAUAUAUACAUUGAUAGGUUAUUAGUAGAAGAGAAGCGUGCCAAAUAUAUAGAUUCGAAAAUCGAUGAAUCCAAAAGUCUUCCUUCUUAGCUUUAUAUUAUGCUGUUAUAUUAAUUAGCGGCAAAUAUAUCUAUUUUUUUAUGAUUUGUUAUUUUCCGUGACAUGGGAUAUAUAGAUUGCUUAUAUAUGUACGAAUCUGCUGCGAAGAAUAACGCAUGAAUAUGAUUUUACUAUUCUAUUUUUAUUCUAGUUCUAUUUUUUUCUUUUUUAUAAUGUCACGAUAACACACUAGUGUGCACGUGAGCAUUAUAAAAAUAUAACAAAUAUUUAAGUCUUAUUUAAUUAAUAUCGAUUAAUUAAUGUCAACAUUUGCCUCAUAUUUAUUAUGGAUUUUUUUUCAGUAUCAAAAGAUACGGACAGAAUUACACGCACAUAAGAAAGUUUUAAGAAAUGCUUAUUUCAUUACUUGUUUUGUUUCUGCUUAUUUUUGAUUGUAUUUUGCGUGUAUUAUGAUAGUGUUUCUAUCAUUAUUAUUAGUCAUGUUUUUGUUGUAAUAGGCAAAGAUGUAAUUAUUGUUGAAGUUGUAACAAAAUGCAGUUUAUUUACACAGGUCGUUUUAUUAUAACUUUGUUGUAUUUUUGAAAAUGUUAACUCAUCUCAAGUAUUCUUUA